AUGCCAAUGGCCAGAGCCGAGCAAGACGUCGAUAGUCUCUUUAGCGAACACAUCAACGGCAUUUUUGCCUCCAUCGGUGGUAACCUCACUGCGUUCGUUACUGGGGACUAUUCGGAGGUCAGUGAAGGGGAAGACGAUUGUGAGGACGAUGUCUCGAUUGUUCUGGCUGUCGAGAAAGCGCAUAAAUUCGCCGGUGGGGAGCGCGAGGGAUUGCAAUCACAGACCGCUCGCAGCCACCCUAGACGCUCUAUGUGGGCCCGGACCAUCUUGCUCGUCGAGGUUAUGAAGGACCGAACGAAAUCUCCGUUCGUUCCUACCUCCGAGAAGCUCGCACUAAACGAAAGCGAAGAUGGAGAGGAGUCACGCGCACUGAUGGUCGAAUAUGGGGCAAAACUACUCCUCCACCAGCAUCGCGUCUACGCCCUCACCAUGUUCGUCGUACAAGACCUCAUCUGGCUCAUCCGCUGGGACUGCGCUGGAGCCGCAGUGGCAAGGGCAUUUGACUACAACAAGGAGCCACGACACCUUAUCAAAUUCUUGUUCCGCCUGGCCGCGGCGGUUCGUGACGACGAUCCCAGGUGUAUCGGGUACGACACCAGUGUCAGCCUGGCAUCUCAAGCUGAGAUUGACGUGUUCGAUGCCUACCGCAAGACGCUCGUCGAGGGUAGCUGGCAUCACACGUACGCUAGCCAAGUGUUGGAUGGUGCCGACCUCUACCCAAUCCACAAGGUGACAUAUCCUGAUAUCGAAGGACUGGCUCCGGAACAUAUACCCGCGGACAUUACGUCCUCUCUUACUGGAAGAGGCGGCAAAGGCUAUAUUGCCUAUGACGUCGACCGCAGACGUCUCGUCUUCAUCAAGGAGUACUGGCGCGCGGACCACCCAACGGUCCAUCCGGAAGUGGAGGUAUACAAGAGGCUCCGAGGGGCUGGAGUUACUAAGGUUGCCACUGCGAUAGCAGGAGGCUGCUGGCUUGUUGCCGCGGGUCAAGAAGACAAUGAUACGUAUCUUGCGUUGUACUAUUCCCACAAGUUCAAUGCCGCACAUCAUCUCGGGAACGGCCACUAUGUCGGAGGUCGCGAGAAGAUCCGUCACAUGAAGUCUGCUACUCCACCUAUCACUCUGCUGGACGAAGGCUCCAAUAUUUCGCUCCUGCUCAAUGGUCUUUACGCGAUAGGCAGGAAUCAUUAUUCACGUAUCGACGUCAGGCAAUGCAGACAGAAGUGGGGAGGCCUGAAGGCCACUCCGCGACCAGCCGAAGCUUCUCACGGUGUCGAGAUAGUUGCCAAUUACUCUGAUCCCGAGCUGAGAUCUGCCGUGCAGGCCUUGAUUACUGCAGACGUGGAGGAAUGCCGAAGGGAAGAAGGUAUCGCUGGCCCUGGCUCUCGUGUAAGCUCUGCCGCAGCUGCGACAGCAGCCCCCUCGAAGACUCCUAUCCAGGACUUCACAACACAUGCGCCUAUGCUGGCACUUGCUCAUCGCGUCAAGGGUUCUCCGCCUGCUCCGAAGGUCCCAGACCGGUUCGCAAACCUCGUGCACUACGAGCCGACGAGGCCGAAAGGACAGGUUGGCAGAAAGAGGACCGCGCCGCAGGACAAGACGACUUCUGGGAGGAGCAGCAAUAGGAUCCGGAAGAAGAGGAGGGCGGAGAUGGAGACGGCGAGUGCGUCUACCACGUUGGAGGACGGUCCUGCCUGAGUCCUGCUUGACCCGCUUAUUCAUCGUAUUGGCCAACGUAGUAUCAUCACUCGGACUUGUAUCGCAUACAUAUUUCACAGCUUUGUUCUUCGCGUAGACCAAUGUACAUCUCUCGUGCCAUUCCUCUGCGCGACCCAUCUUUAAAUUCAGGG